AUGUUUAGUUGCCCGAGUAUCAGAUCAGAGAAAUUAAAGCAAAGUACGGUCAUUUUGAGCUGAAUCAAAGUUACUAUGGCGCCAAGUUAGUUCAGAGUUAUUAACUCUACCAUAGUACCUUUUAGGUGGCACAACGGCCAAUACAUGUGCUUCUACUGCCGCGCCCUCUUCGGAGAGAGCUCCAAAUUAAAAGACCAUAGUAACAACGUUCACACAGAAAUUAGAAUAAAUGAAAUCAUCACUAGGACCAUUUGUAGAGGCGAAAAUCAAGACAGCGAAGAGAAACUAGUAGAAAAACAACGCAAGGACGACCUCACGCGACUGAUUACAGUGAUACUAGAAAACUCUACCAUUCUACCCUUCAGGUGGUCAGCGAACAAAUACAUGUGCUACUACUGCUGUUGUUCCUUCAUCGACAGCUCUAAACUAAAACAACACACGAUCGAAGAACACAGAGACGCAAAAUUACGCAACCUUUUAAGAACUUUAGUCAGUAGAAGUCGCGUCAAAUUGGACACAUCAGAAAUAAUCUGCAAGCGAUGCAAUCGACAGUUUCUUUCUUUUGACGAGUUCCUUGACCAUCUAUCCCUGUUACACGAGCUGAAAUUUAAAAGAGAAUUAACUGAUUGUUUAUUUACUUUCAACCUCUCUGAUGAUGGUAUGUCCUGUCAUGAUUGCGGGCAAGAAUUCAGGUUCUUUGGCCCUCUUUUAAAGCAUGCUCAUAAAUAUCAUAAUAGGUAUAAAACUUACCUAUGUGAGAUCUGCGGACAAGGAUUCGUAGCUAAGGCAAAUGUAGAUAGUCACAUAAGAAAUGUACACUCGUUUUCUAGCGGGCAAUGUACAAAAUGUGAUAAGGUAUUCCGUAAUAAUUACGCUUUGCAAAUACAUUUCGAGAAAACACAUAAAACUGAGAUGUUAAAAUGCCCAAAAUGUCCAGAGAUAUUAGCCUCCAAAUACUUAAAGAAAAGGCAUUUAGCUUUAGAACAUGAUGAUAAGAAACUCCAAUUUAAGUGUGAUGAGUGUAAUAGAGUGUUCACAAUGAAAAGUCGGUUAGUCCAACACAAAUUACGAACGCAUUUGAAACAGAAAACUGUUGCUUGUGAGAUCUGUGGUUUUAAAGUUUUUAAUAAUGAUCUUUUGAGACGACAUAUGGUCCGUCAUAAUGACACAAGGCCUUUUGAGUGCGAGUUUUGUAAAAAGACUUUUCAGAGGAAAAAGACUUUGGAGGUACAUAAGAGGAUACAUACUAAUGAUCGGAGGUAUAUGUGUAAGGAGUGCGGGAGGGCGUUUGUGCAGGUGACUAGUUGGAAACUACACAUGAGAGUGCAUCAUGGAGGGAUCGAAGGGGCCUCUUGGCAUUGACGUUAAUUUUAUGAUAAGUAAAGGGUAUAAGACUGCUUUUAGCUCAUGUUCCUAUAGAACAGUUUAAGUUUUUCCUUUGAUGGGGGAAAAUCAUCCAAUGGCUUCUCCCGCCUUGGGCGAGGCGGGAGGUAGUGUCAGACUCUUACUGACUAAAAACCACCCCGUUCCUACUCCUGCUUUACGAGUCGGAGCCCCGGUAAACCCGCUAGGUAGUCCGCAGCUCCGGAUAUAGAAAAGAAAUCUAGGAAUAUUACAAAAAAGGAUGCGAGAGUUUCUAUGAAAUCUGGUCCCACCUUCCAAUAGCUAUAUGUGUUACAUCAUUGGAUAGGUAAUUUUAAGCUGAAUAAAAGUUACUAUGGCGCCAAGUUCCAAAUCUUAGUCCGUUCAGAGUUAUUCUUUAUUAAACAUGGUAGUUUUAUUAGUAGCCAAGUAAUGCUAUUUUUGCGUCAUAAUUGCAUUUGUGCUUUCACAGGUAGUGUUGAUACUAACCUAAAACUAACCUAAUACACUAAAACUUAAACUAGGAAACGAAAAUCUUGCGUCUCUUUUAUCUAUUUUUUAAUCUUGAGUUGCUCGAGUGCGCUACUAUUACACUUUACUUCUGUAGUCUCUCUAUUUUGUGUCUAGCGCAAUAUUUCUUGCUGCCAAUAGGAAACUAUUGAAGGCAAAUCCUCCGCUAACGUCGGUCACCGGUGACCACCACGGCGUUCAAUGUGUUAAUAAAGCGUUUUCCUUGCACCUACACAUACAAUUAGGACGUAAAAAUAGCAUUGCUUGGCUA